CUCAGGACUUGUACAGUCGUCGUUUCUUAACAUCUAUCUUCCUGCGUUCCCCGGGCUAAGAGCGCUCCGAACCCUGCUGUUUGACUGACGAUGCCGGAGCCUACCCAGAAUUUACUGAUCCGUAUCCUCGUGUUGUGGAACACCGUAAUCACCAUAUUCCUAAUUGUGUUCUUCGUUCUAUACUUCACAGCAGGACAUAAAGGCUUGGAAAAUAGUGCUGUAGAAUCAUCCAAAAUUUCCUCCACGGAAAAGAGAUGGACAACCACCGCCCCCUCUAGCCUCUCCUCAAUUACAGGAAAAAUGCUCAGCUUUAAGUUUGAGGAAGAUGAAAGUGAUAUAACAUGGAGUCCAAUUCGUUCAGAUAAAACCCUGAUUUCAAAAGUCAACAAUGGCCUGAGCACGAACGUGGAUGGAUACUAUUUCCUAAAUCUUCAGGUUACAAUGGAUCCCAGCGUUUCAGGCUGUUCCACAGCAAAUCGAUCCACUGUGGAGCUGGUGAAAAUACAGGACGGCACAAAAAAAACUCUCCUAAUGGGCUUAAUUAACAAAGAAACAAACACCACAGGUAUUCUCAGCAAGGUAGUGGAGUGCGGUGCUGGAGCAAUACUGAAAGUCAACAUUAGUAACUUAUUACUCAAGUGUGUUGAUAAAAAUGAGAGUAAAACUCACCUGGGUAUCAUCUUCAUGCCACGGCUUUAGAUGUAAGUUCAUUAUUUUUGGCAUAGUGCACGACACCUUUCCAGCUUUGGAACCCACACUGAAGCAAACCUAGUCUGAAUCUUGUUGGGUGUACUUGUUCACUUUGGAUGGAUGGUCUGUUGAUCGCCAGAUUAGCAAUUUACCAAACAAUUUCUGUAAAAGAUGCAUAAAAAAAAGCUGAAUUCAAUAAGAGGUUGGAUGAAAACCUCGUCUCUUUUUACAUUCCGGUCUGCAAAAAAAGAAAGAGCUCACCUUAAACAGGGUUUAUAAUGAUCCAAUGAUGUUCAGUUUUGUAAAGUAGAUAUAGCAGACUGGGUAUUGGUCUCAGGUUGUAUCAUCACUACAAAAUCACACUUGAAAACAGCGCAAUGUAUGUAAUGUAUUGUGUAUUUAAUGGAUUAGAACCAAAGCUGGAUUGUUUUCAUUGUUCUCAAAUAGCUGUUUUAAACAGAAACUUUGAAGCGUUGUUCAGAAUUGACAGAUCUCACUUGAGCUUUGCAUGUUUAAAAUAUCUAGUAGUUGAUUUCAAGAAUUUAUUGUGCUGAAGUGUCACAUUUUUCAGCAGGAGAUUGCUUUUGAUGUUUGCACAGAUUAUACUUUCUAAUUUCUGAUUCAUUUCUUGUUUUGUUAACAUUGUAUGAAUUCUGUAUUUAAGUUUAUUUAUUUAUUUCUCGCAACAAAAACCAUGUGCAGCAUAUGAUUUAGACACAUAAUGGAUGUAACAAAAAACCCCAUGGCAGGUCAGCUAAUAAUCUAUGAAUGUUUAUUUUCUCAGUGAUAAUGUUUCACAGGGUGUACCAGUCACAAACUGGUAGUGAGUCACUGGAAUCUAUGUAGAGAAUUGACUUUGUUUGUUAAAAGAAUGUAAUUCAUAUUUGGAAAGAACAAAGGUGUAGUUUUGAUUUACUUGACCAAUAACAUACUUGAGUAUUUCAUCUCUUUAGUCUAAAGAUAAGUGUGAAAUGACUUGAUAAGCUCCAGACAUCCUUGACUACAUGUACUAUACAUUGUGACACGUGAAAACACAAGUCGCAGUGGUUGUUGCGGUAAGUUUCAUGUGUUUGAGAUUUGAAAGAAAUACUGGGUUUUUUCACUUUUUGUAAUUUUUUUGAUGUUUUAGUGGAAGAGGAAGCUGCUUAUGCAUUUGAAAAGAUUUCUGUGAGACCUGCUAAAUGUCUGUGUUUAAAUUUGACUUUAACCAUUGUUAUGAAAAAAAUAAGAGUACGUCUUAGUUAAAAAUGUUCACUGUCUUUAUUGUAUUUGAUGUGACUGUAAAACAAAAACAAACUCAAUAUGAA